CUGACAUCACACAGGGUCAGGCUGGGAGAGGAGGCUUCAUGUGUCAUGGGGCUAGGCCUACAACCCUACCCUAAAUCUCACAUUUGCACCAACCCUUGUCAUUGUGUCCCCAUAUCCCUGCAAGCUGUCAGCCAGAGCAGAAGGAUGUCCUGGACCACUACAUUUCUCUGCUUCAUCGUUGUGCACACAGCUGGCUCCUCUAUCACACCAACCAUAUCCGGUGUGUUCCUGGCGCAGGAGACAUUACUGAAUUACACUGAAGCUGAGAGCAUUUGUACUAAAAAGUAUUUAUCCUCUUUGGCGACUUUGGCACAAGUUACAAAUGCGUUUAACCACGGCUAUGAAUCUUGCAGGUGGGGCUGGGUAAAAGAACAUAUAGUCAUUAUGCUGCGACAAACGCCAGAUGAAGAUUGUGGCCGAUAUAGCCUGGGGGUCCUGACAAGCGAGUGCCCAGGGCUGAGAGCUGAUUCUGUGUUUUGUUUCUGGAGUAACAGUACACACAGAGGCAUCUACACUAAUAAAUCUAUGACAUCGUAUGAAAAUGCCACCAACAUCUGCACCACAAACGGUGACAUAAUAGCCACACAGAUGCAGAUAGAACAGACGACAAAUCGCAGUGUGACAUUUAACAGCACCGGUUGGUAUAAUUGGGGAAAUGGUUUUUUUGACAUAAAUGGAACCUUUGUGGCCUCUCGUUGUGAAGCUGUUGGGAACAGUUCUUCGGCCUACUGCUUUAACUCACAGUUGCCUGAUGUGCUCCCACAAACAAAUAAUACAGGCUGGAAGAGGAUUCUCAUUAUCUGCUUGUUGGGCUCCAUAUUUGUUGUGCUACUGCUUGCUGCCAUUUUUAUGAAGGGGAAGAGGCAAAGAUUCCCAAACCCCAAGAACUCUAUUAAACCCCUCCCACUUCACACAUAUCUCAGUCUUUACGUUGCCUCAGCAGGAGGUGGUUGA